ACCCAAGUAACAGUAUCCGUAUCCCCUUCCCUCUCGCCAAACGCUUACCGGUACUUGACCUUUCUCACCUCCUCUUCCGCCUCUUUCUUUUAUUUAUUCAUCUCUUGUACUCUUCUCCUCUCUCUCAGAGUAUCGUUCGUUCUCUACACCAUCAGUCACAUACUCAUCCACCAUCCUCCUUUACGCCGGAAGACAAAACCCCGUCAAGACCCAUUCGGGCUAAGCUAAUAGGAUCUUCACCCCUCGUUCCUACUCGAGGCUCUUGGCUCCGUUUUUUCAAUUUUCCCCGGCUUCCCCUCCAUCAAACCGCCACUUGCGCCAGCUCAUCUAUUAAGAAACUCUGUGCGGAUUGAUCGAGAACGAAUAUCGAGACAGCGGAUUUCUUGCGGUUUCGAAGUCUACAUACUACCUGCCAUAUCAUCACCAUCGUGCAGUCAUCUUUCAUAUCCGUCUGAUUUGCCCGUCAAACUCCAGCACCAUGUCGUCGCAUCCGUCCCUCAAGGCGACCUUCGCCAGUCGAGCUGAGACAGUCUCUCAUCCUCUUAGCCGACAUCUCUACAAGCUUAUGGACCUCAAGGCCUCGAACCUUUGCCUCAGCGCCGAUGUCGCAACCGCUCGCGAGCUCCUCUACUUCGCUGACAAGAUCGGCCCCUCUAUCGUCGUCCUCAAGACUCAUUAUGAUAUGGUGGCUGGCUGGGAUUUCGACCCUCGAACUGGAACCGGCGCCAAGCUCGCAUCGCUAGCCCGUAAGCACGGCUUCCUCAUCUUUGAGGAUCGCAAGUUUGGUGAUAUUGGCAACACGGUCGAGCUGCAGUACACCAGUGGUGCUGCACGCAUUAUCGAGUGGGCACACAUCGUCAACGUGAACAUGGUCCCCGGAAAGGCUUCUGUUACGUCUUUGGCCCACGCCGCCAACCGAUGGCUGGAACGAUACCAUUAUGAGGUCAAGACAUCCAUCAGCAUUGGAACCCCUACAGCCAGCCAGCUGGACGAGGACAGUGAGCGCUCAGAUGGCGAGAACCAAAAGAAUGCACCUGAAAUCGGCCGCGACAACGGACGCAAAGGCAGUAUCGUCUCUACUACUACCGUCACCCAGCAGUACGAGUCAGCCGAUUCACCACGACUCGUCAAGACGAUUCCCGAGGGCGACGAGACAGUAUUCCCCGGCAUUGACGAGGCACCUAUCGAGAGAGGUCUGCUCAUCCUAGCACAAAUGUCAAGCGAAGGCAACUUCAUGAACAAGGAAUACACACAAGCGUGUGUGGAGGCCGCGCGGGAACACAAGAGCUUUGUUAUGGGUUUUAUUUCACAGGAGUGUCUCAACACAGAACCUGAUGAUGAUUUUAUUCACAUGACCCCAGGCUGCCAAUUGCCUCCUGAGGGCGCGGAUGAGAACGAGGCUAUCAAGGGAGAUGGCAAGGGCCAGCAGUACAAUACACCGCAGAAGAUCAUUGGUAUUGCAGGAGCUGAUAUUGCCAUUGUCGGACGUGGAAUUAUCAAGGCAGGCGACCCUGAAGAGGAGGCUGAGCGAUACCGAUCCGCAGCAUGGAAGGCUUACACAGAGCGCGUUCGCUGA